UUUUAAGAUCAGCAUGCCCGAUGUACUAGUACGUAGUACACACGAUCAACAAAUCUGAUGUAAUAAUAUGAAGGGCUGCAUUAAUAUACUGUACAUGCAUGUAGUUGUUUAUCACGAUCACUACCGUAAAGGUUGGAAAUGUCGUCAACCCUUAUCUUAGCUGGCUUGGGACUGGCAGGGGCUGCAUAUGUAGGACGUCUCGUCAUGCAAACUGGAAAACUUGUCCAACAGAACGCCCACAAAAUUCCGAAACCCACAUUUAGCUCUUACUACAAGGGUGGAUUUGAUUUGAAGAUGUCCAAGAGAGAGGCCAGUUUGAUUUUAGGAACAAGCCCAUCUGCAUCUAAAACUAAAGUAAGAGAAGCACAUCGGAGGAUUAUGUUGUUAAACCAUCCAGACAGAGGUGGCUCUCCAUACCUAGCAACCAAGAUUAACGAAGCCAAAGACUACCUGGAGGGACAGUCAAAGAAAUAAUCAAGCGGAGUGUCUUACCAUAACAUUUUUUGAUAAUUUAAAAGGAACAUCACCUCUGAAAGCCACAACAAGCUUCAGUUAAUAACAAGACACAACGAACAAGUGGUCUUCACUUAUAAUAGUGGCUUCUUAUAUAGCAUGAUAUCGGUCACUCAGUGACGCUCAAGGUGCUUUCUUGAUUACGAGUGAUGGGGAGAGGUUGAUAGUAUAAAACAUUGUGAGAAACAGCUCCCUCUGAAGUGACAUAGUUAUGUUUUCGAAAAGGAAGUAAAUUUUCACGAAUUUGAUUUCGAGACCUUAGAUUUAGAAUUUGAGGUCUCGAAAUCAAGCUUCUGAAAGUACACAAC